AGCACGAUUCUGGUUAGCAGCCUACGACUGCGAUGCGGAGCGCAUCUGCCUGCUGAAUAAUUACUGUUGCUUCGUAGUCAUAGUCAGUCAGUCCACCACCGUCAGCAACACUGGAUGUUGGCCUCUGCUGCUGGGGAUGCCACACUUCUCAGUCAAACUCAGCUAACACCGCCUUACCUUCUUCUCUUGUCGAUUUGAUUCUACUCUACUUUGCUAGAGACAGUAUAGAUAUUGAUAGUGAACAAAGAAGUGUGAUAAUACCGUAUAUUAUUAAAGCCUUCGUGAAAAAUACUUAAUUAGUGCAAACGAUUGAAAGGAUUACUGAAAUUAACAUGAAGAAUCUCCAUGUCUCUUUAUUGUUAUUGUCGAUUGGAAGUUUUCUAUUGGUGGAAACUCGACCAGAAAAUCGACCAGGAUACAUUGAAUGCCAAGACAGUGCUGAAUGUGGAUCAUUUGCUUGCUGUGUCAUAGGAAUGGAUAGAUACAGCAGUCCCAGAUGCAUGCCACACAGAAGGGAAGGAAAUAUUUGUAGACCUGCCAGCAAUACACCUCAGAACAAAACCAUCAGUAUAACACCAUUCGAAUUUAUGGACUUUACAAAUGUCCAUGACAUCAUGUGUCCAUGUAUGGCUGGAUUGCAUUGCUAUGGUGAUGGUUACAGUCUAGCCACAUGUAUCCGCGAACAACCGACGCUUUUCCAAAACGUACUGGAUGCAAGUCAAGGAGAAGGCUUUGAUUAAUUUCAAAAAUUCCAUAACUGAUUAAUUUAAUGCAAGAAUAUAUUUAUUGUGCUACAGAAUAUUAUUAGAGUAAAUUUAUAAAAUAUACAUAUAGAUAAUGUAGAUAGAUGCUGUGGCCAAUGAGCUGGACUAUUUCCCCUCAUAUUUUUGCCGAAGUAGGAAAUAUCAUCUAUAAAAAAUAUGAAUUUCUUGAGGCUUUCAAAAGUGAGCUAAACUUUACUUUGAAAAGCUCAAAUCAAACUAUAACUUCUGUUGUCCACUUAUCUCUUACCAUCAUCCUUCCUAUAAAAUUCAUGCGCAAGCCCAACGCUUAUAUGGGAAUCAGACAAAAAGACUGAUGCUAAUUUGUGGAAAUCUCCUUCAGUGAUUGCAGUGAAAUAUUACUUUACUGAUAUAACAACCUACUACUCUCUACGCAACCUCAAUGACACUGAGACUCCGAUAUCUAUAUCUGACGCUAUAUCUGAUCUAUAAAAGAACGUUACUUAUUGAUGUGUCUCUAGUUCACCAUAGUUCUGGGCUGACGCCUGUUUACUGUAUAGUUUGUGACAGGCCCAUAUAAUUACUGUAUACAGUAAUUAUAUAUGUCAAAAACAGUACAGUAAUUAUUAUAUUGUCUCAAACUGACUUUCUCGUUGCACAAUAGUGAGUAAUAACUAUAAAAUAGUGAGAUUCAAUCCUGUUACAAUAAUUGUAACAGGGUUAUAAAUCUCAGUUAAUUAAUUCAUAAUUAUUAUGAAUUUUCACUACCUAGUUCAAUAUAGAAGUUCUAAUGAUCUGUGCACGGUAAUCAAACAUAACUAGACACUAAUCAAUCCAAUAAUAUUCAAUUUCAAUAUCAAUUUUAUUCCAAUAAUAAAGUUUCAUCGGCUUUGCUGGUAAAAUCUACUUAUCAAUAAUAAUAAUUCAUCAGUAAAUUCAAGAUAGAGGAGGCUGCACCAAUAAGCAGGCCUACACAAUUUAACCGGCCUAUUACGUAUAGUGUUUGAUUAGAUAAAAGUUCAUUGUUCAUUACACCAUUCAUGACGUAUUAUUUUAAGAUUCAGAUGUUUUCUACUUCUUACCGAACAUUCUACCUACUUACUUGAAGAUGUUACAUAAUAUGAAAACAGUGCAUUGCUUGAAGGCAAAACUAAUAUUUAAAAUAAAAAUAAUUUAUGGAA